AUGUUCUCCGGCCUCAAUUUGGCCAUCAUGUCGUACAGCACAAAGGAUUUGCAAAUGAUUGAGGAGUUCGACACGAAUACGGCGAAUCGGUUGAGGGCAUCGCAGGUUUUAAGCAUUCGUCGAAAUCCCAACUUUGUUUUGUGCAGUGUCAUCCUAGGCAAUGUUCUCUGCAAUACUGGCAUUACUCUUAUCUUGGACUACUUUGCUCAAGUUGCUGGAUGGGAUGGAUCAGUCGUGGUUGCAGUGAGCUCCACGUUGUUCCAGCUCGUCUUCACUGAAAUUCUGCCAGCAAUUAUUUGUACCAAACAAGCGCUUUAUUUUGCUUCCCGCUUACGAUAUAUUGUGAUUUUCUUCAUGGUGUUAACAUGCGUUCUCACAUACCCAAUUUCACGGAUUCUUGAUUGGAUUAUCGGAAAAGACGGAUUGCAAGAGCAUAACGGCACUGAUGAGUUUGCGGGUCUUGUGAGCAAAGAAUCAAAUCGUCAAUUUAGCGAGGUCAUUGACAUAGCCAGGAAUACAAUGAAGCUGAGCCGAAAAGCAGCCGGCGAUAUAAUGACUCCAAUCGAAAAGGUGUUCAUGAUUUCCGAUCGUCAAGUGCUCACGAAGCAAUGCUUCAACGCCAUCGUUGUCAAUGGGCAUACAAGAUUGCCAGUGUAUUCGGCGGCAGAUGUGAAUAUGAUACGCGGAGUUCUUAAUGUCAAGGAUCUGAUUCUCAUGCUCGCUGAUGACGCCUCGGCAUCGCGAUUAACAGCAGCGACGUUGUUGGAUGUCUUCUCAAGAAGCAAAACGUUCCGAUAUGUGAUCAAAGAUAUUCCGGUUCCACAAUUGAUGACCGAACUUGCGAAGGGUUGCCCAAUGGCGAUUGUCGUCGAAUUCACGAGAAAGGAGCCUGAUGGUGCUUCAGGAGCAUGCUGCGUUCCAACCAGUCCCUAUAAGGUCAUUGGAAUUGUGACCCUUGAGGAUAACAUCGAAGAAGUCGUCGGCGAGAUUUUUGAUGAGAAGGACGUGGCGCCGCAGUCGGCGGAAUACACGAGUCAAAUGUAUUCAAACUCACGCGCAGCAUUGAUCAUGUGA